AAUGUAACCUGCACAUCCUUGAUGUUGCGCCACAGGAGUGCAACUAAACCAGAGAAGGGAGACAAAAAAUAAAAAUAAAAACCAGCACUCUCAGAUCUGGGAUAUCUGCGCUAGCAGGGAUAUAGUGGGGCGGACGUUAUCCAACCCCAUGUACUUGUACUUGCCCCGCGGCGCUCUAUCGCGUUGGAUGCCUGGCCGGAGGCUGACUGACGCAACCUCCCAGUGGAGUUGGGUUGAAGAACCGUAACCUUCUUCCACUUUAGACCAUUGAGUACUCUGUCAGAACCUGGGUGACUUCUUCAUGUCCCAAUAGAGCCUCGACCAUUCACUCAGAAAUGGCAACGAAGCCCUUCCGCAUCCUUUGCUUCGGCAACUCCCUGACGAGCGGACAUCCGGUCGAUCACCCGUAUGCGCUGAUGCUGAAGACGAGGCUCGAGAAAGCCUUCCCUACUCUCGAUGUCCAGUGCACCAUCAACGGCGUCCCCGGAGAUCUAGUGACGAGGGGGACAUUUAUGGAUCGCCUGGGGCGCGAUUGGAAACGAGCAGAGAAGCCAUUCGACUGGACAAUUGUAUUAGGCGGUACCAAUGACAUCGGCUGGGGAUACCCGGCGGAAGAAGUCGCCCAGGCGCUGAAGAAGGCCUGGGACAUUCCGCUAUCUAGGGGCGGCAAGGUCUUGGCCUUAACCAUCCCCGAGUGCAGAGCCAGCUCCGCCACUGUGAAUGACCGCAGGAACAGCGUCAACAAGGCCAUCAAGGCGUACAAGAGGAACAACUUCUAUGCGUUUGAUCUAUUCGACGCACUGCCGUAUCACUCGAUGGAAGAAGCCGACCAGGACAAAUAUUGGGGCAUGGAUGGUUUGCAUCUAACAGAGAGUGGUUACGAUCUGAUGGGGAGCAAAAUUGCCAAAUGUUUGGUUAAAAUCAUAAAUCUCGAGGAGGCGCAAAGUACAGAGAUCAGUAGUAUCGUCACGGAUGCGAGACAGCGGAGGAUGAUUGAGGAUCUUAUAUUUGAAGAGGAGAGGGGGGACCCGAAGUUGUUAAGUCAAGGGUACAUUGUUGUGAGGAAGAGCGAUCUCGAUUAAUCACAAACACCAUUAUAUCGAUUUACGUUUUGGAGGGAUGCCAACCUCAUUGUCAUGUAGUCAUAUUUCUAAUGCCGGGUACCAAAUCU